AUGAUUAUAUUUUCAGGCAAGGUUCAAGAAAUGUGCGUAUAUGAGAUCAACGAGCAAGACCGUGGGAGCCCGGUAUACCUAAAACUAAGCCCGAAGAAGGAGAAUUCCCUCGGCGAUCUCGGCCCGUUCACCAACAAGCUCUACUCCGGCAACCUGCAAAAGAGAUUAGGCAUCACCGCCGGUUUGUGCGUACUUAUUCAACACUCGCCGGAGACGGGCAACGACAGAUUUGAGGCGAUAUACAGCAUGUACUUCGGCGACUACGGCCACAUUUCGAUUCAGGGGGCGUACGUGCUGCACCAGGACACUAUCCUCGCCGUCACCGGCGGCUCCGGCGUGUUCGAGGGGGUCUACGGUACGGUGAAGCUGCAGCAGAUUUCGCUCCCUUUUAAGUUCUUCUACACGUUUUAUCUGAAGGGGAUCGAGGAUUUGCCGGCUGAGCUGAUGGGUAAGCCGGUGCCGCCAACUGCGGCGGUGGAGCCGUCGGCGGCUGCCAAGGCGGCUGAGCCUCACGCCGCCGUCUGCAACUUCACUGAUUAA